AUGAGUGCCAAAAUCAUCAAGAUUGUUUUAGUGGGCGAUGGAGCUGUGGGCAAAACCAGUUUGGUGUUCGCCUUCACGGAAAAUCCUCUGAAGGAUUCUUAUGAGCCAACCAUAGUCGAUGUCUAUGGUGCUGACAUUGAACUUGCGAAAGAAACAGUCAAGGCCAAAAUUUGGGACACUGCAGUCCAUGCUGAGCAAAAGUGGGCGCCAGAAGUGAGAAAAUUCUCGACGGCCCCAUUUUUCUUGGUGGGAAACAAGACCGAUCUCCGGGAUGCCUUUGACCUUAAAGGCCGAGCAAGUCUGAGGGAUCCUUUGCCAGUGACCACAAAGCAAGUAACCCCAUGCAAGAUUUCACCCCCGCAUCUCUUUGGCUAUCCGUCUAGCUUCAACCCUUCAACCAUGCACCUAUCAACCUAUCAAGACCCACCUUCCUCCCCCACCAGACAAAGAGAUUAG